AUGUCUUUCCGUGGAGGUGGACGAGGCCGUGGUGGCUUCGCCACUGGCGCAAACCGAGGAGGUCGUGGAGGCUACCAACAAUCUUUCGGCCCUCCUGCUGAAGUUCUAGAAAUGGGAUCUUUCAUGCAUGCCUGUGAGGGUGAGAUGGUUUGCGAGUCGAUCAAUCCCAAGAUCCCAUAUUUCAAUGCUCCGAUCUACCUCGAGAACAAGACACCGGUCGGAAAAGUUGACGAAGUGCUCGGCCCCAUCAACCAGGUUUACUUCACCAUCAAACCUCAAGAAGGAAUCGUUGCGACCUCGUUCAAGGCCGGAGAUAAAUUCUACAUUGGAGGAGACAAGCUUCUACCUUUAGAGAAGUUUCUUCCCAAGCCCAAAGCACCUCCUGGUAGCAAGGUCAAGAAACCAGCAGGAGGCAGAGGAGGAGCCCCCCGAGGUGGUCGUGGAGGACGAGGAGCACCAAGAGGUGGUGCUCGAGGUGGCCGUGGAGCUCCUGGGGGCUUCCGCGGCAGAGGUGGUGGUGCAGGUGCUCCCCGAGGCCGUGGCGGCUUCUCACGAGGAGGAUUUGGAGCUCGUGGAGGCUCUCGGGGUGGCUUCCGUGGACGUGGUUAA